AUGAAAAACGUAGGAAACAAGAUAUGUAAUCAUGAUGGAUGCGACAAGAUGCCAUGCUUCAAUCAUGAGGGACAAAGCAAAGGCAUGUACUGUAAGAAGCACAAAGAGGAGGGCAUGAUAAAUGUGACAAUAAAGAUGCAGUGUGUAUUUGAGGGUUGCAAGAGACAGCCAUAUUAUAACUACGAGGGGGAACCAAGACGCUUAUACUGUCGUAAGCACAAAAAGGAGGGUAUGAUGAAUGUGAAACUGAAUAUAAGGUGUGCAUUCAAUGGAUGCAUUAAGAUACCAUACUGCAACCAUGAGGGAGAAACUAAGGGUUUAUACUGUGGCAAGCACAAAGAGGAGGGUAUGAUAAAUGUGAUAAAGAAGCCAUGUUUAUUCGAUGGAUGCAGUAAAACACCAAACUACAAUGAUGAGGGAGAAACCAAAGGAUUGUAUUGUUUUGAGCACAAAAAAGAGGGCAUGGUAAAUGUAAAAACCAAGAGAUGUGUGUUCGAGGGUUGUAACAAAUGGCCAAGUUAUAACUACGAGGGCGAAACCAAAUGCUUAUACUGUAGUGAGCACAAAAAGGAGGGCAUGAUAGGUGUGAAAAACAAUAUAUGCAAAUAUAAGGGUUGUAAUAGAAUGUCAUCGUGCAACUACAAGGGACACACUAAAAGCUUAUACUGUGCAAAGCACAAGGAGAAGGGCAUGAUAAAUGUAAAAAACAAGAAAUGUAGAUUUGAUGGAUGCAGUAAAAUCCCAUGCUACAAUCGCGAGGGACAAACAAAAGGGUUAUACUGUGCAGAGCACAGAGAGGAGGGGAUGAUAGAUAUGAUAAACAAGAAGACCUGUGUGUUUAAUGGAUGCAGUAAAACCCCACGUUACAACAAUGAGGGUGAAACUACAGGCUUAUACUGUGCCGAGCACAAAGAGGAUGGCAUGAUAAAUGUGAUAUAUAAGGCCUGCCAUUAUGAUGGAUGCAAGAAACACCCGUGUUUCAAUGAUGAGGGAUUUACGAGGGGCUUAUACUGUAAAAAACACAAAGAGGAGGUAAUCUAUGCUAUUAUUGUGAUGAGAACAACAAGAGAUAUAUCAAAUCGAAGGAGUUAG